ACUAAGAAAAAUGACCGAUUUUGAUGAGUUAUUGAUUGAUGCGGUACGUCGCCGUGAUUUUUUAUAUGACAAAGCCAUGAAAGGCUUCAGGCUGCCUAAGUUGAAGACAGCGGGAUGGCGUGAAAUAGCUAACGAAGUUGGAGGCACUGAACAGGAAUGCAUGCGUAGUUGGGCAAGCCUACGAGACAGGUUUGGAAAGGAGUUGCGGCGCUUAGAAGCACCGUCUGGCAGCGGGGCCCCCAAAAUAGAGCCGUGGCCUCUCAUAGACAGUAUGAUGUUUCUGAGAGAACACGUUAAACCUCGAAGGCAUAUAUUUUGGUUUAAAAAAGUAUUCUAAAAAUAACUAACUUU